ACUUGCCUUGAGGCAAACAACUUAAUAUGACUUGAAGGCCGUCGACCAAAGGGGAAGUUGAGCUGGUCCUUUAUUUUUAAAGUAUAUUCCUAGAUUGUCGCUUUCAAUCAUGGGUAGUACAAAUAGUCGUAUUGAAACAGAUUUAAAUCCAAUAAAAACGUAUACAGGAUUUGAAAACCAUGAUAAUGAACUAGUUAUUUCCAAGGAAUCAUUUCGAAAUAAGUUUGACCUCUGUUUCUAUGAUUUGGCCGAUCUUUUAUGGGAUAAUUUCAAAGGUGAUCGUAAUUCCAAUGAUGAAUUCCUGGUUCUCAGAAAAUAUCAAAGCAUAAUUGAAUACUUGUCUUCUGCUCAGGAUAAACUGGAGAUAUUUCUAAGUUUGUUUAAGCUACGUGCACUAAGUGAAUCAGAUGUUAAAGCAUUAUUUAAGUGGUUCUUGCUGGGAAGAGAUUUGAAACCAGACACGUGGCAAUUAAUAAUUACUUCUAUCUUGUCCUCAGAUGAAAAUGGUACAUACAAGCAUCACACAAUUGUCAGCUGUUUGAAUCGCUUAUGUCCAGAUAUUUGUAAUGACUUAGUCAAUAUACUUUUACAACUCUUAAAGGAUAAUCAUUCAUUUAAUUUGACAGAUUUCAACCCUUAUUCACUUUCCGGAACAAUAUUAACGUCGGAUCUCCAGUGGUUGUUCUCUACUUUUCUCACUUAUCCAUACAAACGUGCACCGAAAACGUGUCUACUUCAAACAACACCAUUAGAAUGUGAGCAGUUGUCACAUUUACAUUGUUUGUAUGACAGUACGAAUCAUGGGAUGAGUUUGACCAGACUGUUAGAACUGGUAUUUGAUUACAAUGGACCAACGAUUGUCUUUCUCAAAGCUAAAGAAUUUUUAUUCUGUUUAUUGUCUGACCAAGGUUUAAAAGAAUCAUUAAAAACGUUUGGCAAAGAGUAUUCAUUUCUCUAUCAGAUUCAACCGAAAUUUAUUCGACUUGUAUCUGGUAAAUUAGGCACAGAUUCGGGGAUAUUUUAUGCAAAUUUUACUUCGAAAACAUCAAAACGUGGUCUUUUUGUGGGGCACCAACCACUGAUAUCGCCUGUAAUCGAAAUAAAUGAAGAUUUUACUGAGUUGAAAUAUAAUUCUGGUCUACCAAUACGUUUAAAUGCAAUCGAAGUUUGGGCAGCUGGUUCCAGUGAUCACAUGUCUAAAUUAGAAGAUCAAAAGAAAUGGGAAUCUGAUCAGGUUGCUAAAGCGAAAGAACGGAAGUUGAAAAAUGAAACAUGGCAAGAUUCUGCUGAUCGUUUCCUACUAGAAUUAGAUGGGAAGCGAGUAUGUCAUUCUGAUGGGAUUGAACCACCAUGAAUACUAUUUGAAUUCACUUUAAUUUCCGAGUAUACUUCUCAGCGAAAUGCAUAAUAAUAAUAAUGAUAAUAUAGCUGAAACUAAUUCGCCGACUUUUCAAAAGACCAAUUCUUUUGAUGUAAGUACUUUUUAAACUUCCACCAAGAAUCUCUUUUUUGCCAUGGAUUUUAAAUAUCAUUUUUCAUCAUUUGCUUUCGGGAAUAUUUUCUAUUAUGUCAUAAAAUCACUGCACAUUUUAACUAUUCUUAUCUUAUCUAUUUAAGUUUACGAAAUUCUUCAAUCACCAUCGUUUUUUUCUUGUAAACAUUAGAUCAGUUGUAACAGUGAUUAUCGUUAAUAUUCUUCGUUCAUAUAUUUCUAUGUGAAUGUACAGAAUGAGUAGACCAUCCAUGAUAACUUUCUCUUUUUAUUGAAUUUGCUGAUUUUGGCUGAGUACAAUGAAA